GACAGAGCAAAGAACAGCAGUGUUUGCAGAGAAGGCAUUGGAUUAUGGCGUCUGAAUCCUCCAACGAUACGGAAAUUACUUCCAUUUUCAGUUCGAUCUCCGGCGAGUACCGAUGGGUCCAUCAAAUGGAGGAGAAGUUCAAAAAAGAGCUCAAGAUUGACAUCAAGUGCGACUUACCUUGCAUCUCUCGAGUGCCCGAAACCUUACGAGCCGAGAAGCCGGAAGCUUAG